CAGUGGAUUCCUGUUAGCCAGUUAAAUGGCAAAUCAGAAAAUCAAGGGUUUUUCCUGGUGCCUUUUGGAAAAACCCCUAAACGCAGGGGACGCAGUGCAGCAGCCAUGAGCCUGAAGUCCAGUGCUAGGAUCAAGAAGCGCCGCUCGGAGGCAGCGGCGGCCACCUAUCCGGUGCCACCAACUCCGGCUCAGACGGUGAGCAACGGGUCAGCUUCCACAGCGAAUCCUGCAGGUACGACAAGCAAUCCAGGAAAUGGUGCCCCAAAUCCGUGCCAGAGCUCCUCCAAGAAACAUAGCUUCGUGGGACGCAAUCCCAACUUCGACACCGAUGAAACCAAACUGCUCAUCCAGUUGUGGGGCGAUCCCAAGCUGCAGAGAACCCUAAUCACCACGCACAAAAAGCACGCCGUGAUCUGUCAGCUGGCCGCCAAGAUGCAGGAAUAUGGCUACCAUCGUUCGCCGGAGGAGAUUACCACACGGAUCAAGAACCUCAAGUGCUUCUACAAUCGUUUGAAGAAGGACAAGGAGUGCGGUGGUCAGUCCACCGAUUCAGAACCCAGUUGGAAACACUUUGCCGAGAUGGAUGCCAUUAUGACCAGACCCAUUUUUAGUGUGCGACCCAAUGAGGUGCCUGCUCCAUCGCUGAAAUACCAACUGGAGCAGGCCCUGGAGGAGCAUGCCGAACGUCGCAAGCGCCGGCUGGAAAACGGAGAGGAGCUAUCCGAAAGCGACAACGAGGAGGAUGACAUGCUGCUCUCCGCCCUGGUCAGCAAAAACAAGGAGACCGGCAGCCGGAAGGAGUUGGAAGCUGGCUGCCUAGAAGCCGACACCGAUAUGAACGAAGAAUCAUUCUCGAAGCGCCGCAAGGUGUCCGCUGAUGUGGAGGUUGAUAUUGGAGAGGCUCUGACAUCGCCCUGCAUCAAGAGCGAGCCAGCCCAGGAGGUCGAAACGGCUACAGCAACGUCCACAGUAGAGGCCGAACCGGAGGAGGACGAUGACUGCAUGCUUCUGCCACAGCCCAAGGAAGAGCCCAUCGAUGUGGAUGCUGCGGAUGAUCCGCCAACAGAGAAGUCAUCAAGUUCCAGUACCACAUCCACUUUGGCUGACAUGUUACAGCGGAACAAACCGUCCAAUCUGCUUCCCUUCACCGGGGCCAAUGUCAUCAUCCCGGCCAGCAUUACCACCACCACGGCUGGCAUAAGCUCGACCACGCAGAGUUCAACGACCACACCGAGCAAACUUCAGGGCGGUAAAAUCUCGUUGGUGCCAACGAAUUUCCUGAUGCAAUCAAAGCUGCCGGCUGCCGCGGGACCAAGUCCCAUGGCAAACGCCAAGGGAGCUGCGCCCCAAAUCCAGCUGCUGCAGAGUGCCAUCAAUCAGGGCGCUCGUCUGAUGAUUAGCGGAUCGGCAGCAGCACCGGCACAGCCUAGCAACGCCGGUUUGGUGGCCACAGCCCCCGGAGGAGUCAAGUUCGUGCUGGUCAAUGCGGAGCAGGCCAAGGCAGCGGCAGCGGCGGCUGCAGUGGGUAAAUCGACCGCCUCCUUGCCCUUGUCUACUGCCCAAGCUCAGGUUCAGGCUGCUGUUCAGCAGCAGCAGCAGAAACUGCAACAGAGUCUCCAGCAGGAACAGCAUCUGCAGCAUCAGCAGCACAUUCAGCUGGAGAAGGAAGAGAGUCGGCGAGUUCACGAGAAAGCCAAGGAGGAUCUGCAAACGAAGAGACACAUGACAACAAUGAGAAUUCUUCUUCGUCAGUUGCUGAAUUCCCAAAACGAAGCCAACGAGAUCCAGCACAAUCGAUUAUCCCUGGAACGGGAGCGUCUGGACUGGGAGAAGAAUAUGGGCGAGCGCCUGCUCAACUUGUUGCCAAGUCUCAUACAGCCGGCACCUGCAGCCUCGCCAUGCUCCACUGCUCAACGACUGCAGCCGCCCAAACUGCUCUUCACAACUGCUCUGCCAAUGGGCAAUGGCACCGUAACCAUGCCGCACAUACUAACAUCCAACUCGCUGCCCAAAGUCAUAACCACUUCAAGUUGCAACAGUGGCGUGGCAGUGGCCGGGUCAGGAGUAGGACUGGUAGCGAGUGUGGCUACCAAGUCGGUGGACAACGACGUCCAGUUGGUCACGCCCAAGCAGGAAAAAGAGGUCUGAACCGAAACGGAACUGUUCGUUAUAAGUGAUUGAUAU